CUGGCACAUAGGAAUCAAGUUUCACCGUUGGACUUGCAGUACAUAAAACAAGUGAUAUUUUCGCUAAGUGUAAUUGAUUCAUGGCCACACAAAGAAAUGAACUCCAAAAAUCCUAUACCUUUUACAAACAACAAAUUUCUGUUCGUCUUAAUAUUGAUUGUAUGGACUGCCGAGUUAAUUUACAUAAGAAACAAUAUAGGAGUUUUGAGUUUCUUGAUUAUGGGGCACACUUACAUUACUGCACUUCUCGCCAUAAAUUGCCUACUCCGAAUAACAUUACCAUGGACAAAAAUGUAUCGAUACUUAAUAGUUGAUUUCAUACACAAGAUUCAUUUGUAUCACUAUAAGAAUAAGUCGGACUUCGCUGGAAAAAUGUUUACGAAAAUUCACAAUAUUUCUUCUUACUUCUCUAAAUUUUUACACUAUCAAAUAUAUUUUGGAGUUAUUCUUUUUAAUGUCACACCUUUGGUACACAACGCACGAGCUGGCUUGUUUUUCAAUAAUAGCACUGUAAACAUAACCGCAGACUACGAACUUUCGAUUUAUUACGAAAUACCUUUUGACAUCGAAUCAAGUGUUAUCGGUUAUGUCUUCGUCUUUAUUUUUAAUUUUUUCUUUUCUCUAAUCACUACGUCAAUUAUGUGUGUCGACGAACUGUUCAUUUCUUUAAUUAUUAUUCACAUUUGGGGUCACUUGAAAAUUCUCGAAAAUAAUUUGAUACAUUUUCCAAGGCCAAAAACAUUUUUUGCUAUAGACUCACUUCAUAUCCAGUGUGCAUUUUACACAAAAGAUGAAUCAAUUAUGGUAAAGGAGCUACUUAUAGAACAUAUAAUCCAUCAUCGAAUGAUAGCAAAUUUUAUCUCCAGAACGACGGAAGUGUUUGGACCAACCCUUUGUUUAUAUUAUGUUUUCCAGCAAAUAAGUGAAUGUAUUGUAUUGUGCGAAUGUUCUACAAUGGAUACUGAAGUUAUGGGAAAAUAUAUUGUACUUGCAAUAGUACUAUUUCAACAACUUAUACAGAUCUCCGUUGUAUUUGAGAAAAUGUGUUCAAUGGGUAAAAAUAUCACGGAUGCUGUGUAUGGUCUACCAUGGGAAUGUAUGAAUGUUGAGAAUCAAAAACUUGUACUUUUCUUUCUUCAAAAUGUUCAAGUACCUAUAAACAUAAAAGCCCUGAAUAUGGUGACGAUUGGAGUACAGACUAUGGCUGCGAUACUGAAGACUUCAUUCUCAUAUUUUGUAAUGCUUCGUGCAAUAGCUUUCGAUUAA